AGGACAGCAAAUAAGCUUUUGUUACUGUCUGCCAAAAUGGAGGGUCCUUAGUUUUCUUUCUCUCUUUCUCUCUCUUCUCUUUCUCUCUCUAAGCAAAACCUCACUACUCCACCAUCAUCAUCUUCUUUCUUCUUCUUCUUCAGCUGCUACUGCUUUAUCUUUCUUCCUUCUGUUUCUUCUUGGGUUUUUUCUUCAGAGAUCAAUUCAAUAGCUUGGUUUACAGUGCAAAAGUAUUGGAGUGUGAUUUUGAAUUGUGAUGUCUCCACCACUCCUUGAUGUUAGGGAGGAGGAGGGCCAGAGUAAUGUAACUCUACUGGCUUCUUCGGCCUCCUUAGGAAGUAUAUGCAAGAAAGGAUCAGAACUUAAAGAGCGAAACUAUAUGGGGCUUUCUGAUUGUUCGUCGGUGGACAGUUGUACAAUUUCCACCUCAUCAGAGGACAAUAAUGCCUGUGGAUUAAAUCUCAAGGCAACUGAGCUCAGGCUCGGGCUCCCUGGGUCCCUCUCUCCCGAAAGGGGCAUAGAGACUUGCCCUUUGGCCUCGAACGAGAAGCUGCUUUUUCCCUUGCACCCUGCCAAAGAUAGUGCUUUGGCUGUAUCACAGAAAACAGUUGUUACUGGCAACAAACGAGGAUUUUCAGAUGCUAUGGAUGGAUUCUCAGAGGGAAAAUUUAUGCCGAAUUCAGGUGUGAAAGCAGGCGAUACUAAGGAGACCUCACGUGUUCAACCACCAAAAAUGAAAGAGGCAACUAAUCAGAAUACAGUUCCAGAGAGGACUUCUGCUGUGAAUGGGGCUUCAAACCGUGUAGGCAGCGGUGCCCCCGCUACCAAGGCACAGGUUGUUGGUUGGCCACCCAUUCGAUCUUUCAGAAAGAAUACAUUAGCCUCUACCUCAAAGAACAAUGAAGAGGUGGACGGAAAAGCUGGAUCACCAGCUCUUUUCAUUAAGGUCAGCAUGGACGGCGCUCCUUAUUUGAGGAAAGUGGACCUCAGAAACUAUUCUGCAUACCAGGAGCUCUCUUCUGCUCUCGAGAAGAUGUUUAGCUGUUUUACUAUUGGUCAAUAUGGAUCUCAUGGAGCUCCUGGGAAGGAGAUGUUAAGUGAGAGCAAAUUGAAGGAUUUGCUUCAUGGAUCUGAAUAUGUACUCACUUAUGAGGAUAAAGAUGGUGACUGGAUGCUUGUCGGUGAUGUCCCUUGGGAGAUGUUUAUUGAUACCUGUAAAAGGCUGAGAAUCAUGAAAGGUUCAGAUGCCAUUGGCCUGGCCCCAAGGGCUAUGGAAAAAUGCCGGAGCAGGAAUUAGCCUAUCUACUCAUGAUUAAAGCUAUCCAUCCAUCAGUACUGGUAUAAAAGGAAACGGAGAAAGGGUGAAGAGACUCAUAAACUCGAAUCCUUUUUAAAGCAUUAACAAUGGCUGGUUGUUGGUCCUGGACAGCACAGCAUGGGUAGAUGCUUUACCUAAUUACCAUUGGUGUUUCUCAUAUUUGAGUAAUUAAUGUCGUCUAAGCUCUUUAUCUUGUCUAUUAAAAAGACCCUUUGAUAUUGGAGUUUGUCUGCAAACUAAUGUGUGGUGAACUGAGAGUUCUUCUAGAGGUAAUUUAGUAUGUUAAGUGUAUUGCUUGUUGAAGUUUCUUUAAGUGUGUACUCAAGACCAAGUUUGUGGUUAUUUUGAUCCGGUAUGUGUGUGCACUCAAGUACUUGUUAUUUCUCUGUAUGAAUAAAUGUGUCCCUCUCACAUUUCAUCA